AUGGCAUCCAAGCGUCGCCGUAUCGCUGUGCUCACAAGUGGCGGGGAUGCCCCUGGGAUGAAUGGUGUGGUCCGCGCGGUCGUCCGCAUGUCUACCCACUGUGGCUGUGAGGCCUACGCUAUCCACGAAGGCUAUGAAGGCCUUGUGCAGGGCGGGGAGUUGAUCCGGCGGAUGUACUGGGAAGAUGUGCGCGGCUGGUUGUCGCGGGGGGGUACUCUAAUUGGCUCUGCUCGCAGCAUGAGCUUCAUGACGCGAGAGGGGCGCAUGCGUGCUGCUAAAAAUCUGGUUGUGCGUGGAAUCGAUGCGCUCGUCGUCUGUGGUGGAGAUGGCAGUUUGACCGGUGCGGAUAUCUUCCGGGGAGAGUGGCCUGGCUUAUUGGCCGAGUUGGUGGAGAAGGGGGAGUUGACCCCGGACGAGGUGAAGCCAUACCAUUGCCUCAAUAUCGUUGGUGUUGUGGGUUCAAUUGACAACGAUAUGUCAACAACGGAUGCCACUAUUGGCUGUUAUUCAUCACUCCACCGCAUAUGCGAGGCUGUUGAUGAGGUAUUCGAUACCGCAGCUUCCCAUCAGCGCGGAUUUGUGAUUGAAGUGAUGGGACGACAUUGCGGGUGGUUGGCUAUGAUGUCGGCCAUCAGCACAGGGGCGGACUGGUUGUUCAUUCCAGAGAGGCCGCCACGAGAUGGUUGGGAAGGAGACAUGUGUGAAAUUAUCACUCAGAAUCGAAAACGAGGCAAACGCCGGACCAUCGUUAUCGUUGCUGAAGGUGCUCAGGAUAGUAACCUUAAUAAGAUAACAUCUGGAUCAGUGAAGGACCUUCUGAGCAGCAGGCUGAAACUUGAUACUCGGGUCACGGUUCUCGGCCACACACAGCGAGGAGGGCCCGCAUGCGCCUACGAUCGGUGGCUGGGCACACUUCAGGGGGUAGAAGCUGUCAAAGCUGUUUUGGAAGCUAAACCCGGGUCUCCCUCACCUAUCAUAACCAUCAGAGAAAACAAAAUCGAGCCGACAUCCCUUGUCGAAGCUGUUCGCGUCACGAAGCAAGUGACCCAGGCCAUCAUGGACAAAGAUUUUGCGACGGCCUUGGAUAUGCGAGACGCGGAAUUCAAAGCCUAUCACAGGGCGUAUAUCAAUACGGCAACCCCUCACCAUCCAAAGUUGCAGUUACCAGAAAAUAAACGUAUGCGAAUCGCAAUUAUCCAUGUUGGUGCACCUGCUGGUGGAAUGAAUCCCGCAACACGCGCAGCUGUCGCCUAUUGUAUCGCCCGAGGUCACACGCCAAUUGCGAUAUACAAUGGUUUUCCAGGCUUAUGCCGGCACCACGCGGAUAAGCCUCUGGGUUCCGUCCGGGAAGUUUCAUGGCUCGAGUCAGACUCAUGGGUAAAUGAAGGCGGUUCCGAAAUCGGCACAAACCGCGGCCUCCCCUCCGAAGACAUGCCCAAGACCGCCGAAUGCUUCGAGCUGUACAAGUUCGAUGCCCUUUUCGUCAUCGGUGGUUUUGAAGCCUUCACGGCAGUAAGCCAGCUCCGCAAAGCUCGUGAUCAGUAUCCCGCUUUCCGAAUUCCUCUCGUCAUCCUCCCGGCGACCAUCUCCAACAACGUCCCGGGUACUGAAUACUCCCUCGGCAGCGACACCUGUCUCAACACGCUCAUCAACUUCUGCGACGUAAUUCGCCAAUCUGCCUCCUCUUCCCGCCGACGGGUCUUCGUCAUUGAAACCCAAGGCGGCCGCUCAGGUUACAUAGCCGUCAUGGCCGGCCUUGCCGUCGGAGCGUACGCCGUCUACAUCCCCGAGGAGGGAAUCGACAUCAAAAUGCUCUCGCGAGACAUCGAAUACCUACGCCACAACUUUGCGACAGACCGCGGCGCCAGCCACGCGGGGAAGAUCAUCCUCCGCAACGAGCGCGCCUCGGCCACCUACACCACCCAGGUAAUUGCCGACAUGAUCAAAGAGGAAGCGCAUGGGCGCUUCGAGUCCCGGGCCGCCGUUCCCGGUCACUUCCAACAGGGCGGGAAGCCGUCGCCGAUGGACCGCGUGCGGGCGCUGCGCAUGGCGAUAAAAUGCAUCGAGCACAUGGAGACGUUCUUUGGGCGCAGUGGGGAGUCCAUUGCGGCGGAUCCGAUGUCCAGCGUCGUUAUCGGGAUUAAGGGGAGUGAGGUUGUGUUUGGGCCGAUGGGGCCCGAUGCUUCGGGGAGGGGCGGACUAGAGGAGACGGAUACGGACUGGGUGCGUCGGAGACCGACGAAUAAUUUUUGGAUGGGGCUGAAGGAGCUUGUGGAUACGCUUAGUGGGCGGCCCGGGGAGGAUCACAACGGGGUACUUAGAAUGGCGGAGGAGGAAGGGUGGGGGCCAUACGCGCCGCUUGACGACUGUCAUUUUACAGAGUAG